AUGUCUAAGAGUUUGGUGAAACCCAGAGAUAUUUUGGUCACCAUUAAAGAUAGAGAUGCAAUGAAUGUUUCAACUAUGAAGACAAUAUACAAUGCUAGGAUCCGAAAUAGAACCAAAGAAUUUGCUGGGAGAACCCAAAUGCAACAAUUGCUUACUAAGUUAUCCGAACAUAAUUAUAUUGAGUGGCAUAGGAUAUCUGGUGAUAUUGUAACUGACCUGUUUUGGACACACCCCAUUAAUAUUGAUAUUUUGCGCGCAUUUCCACAUGUACUUAUCAUGGAUUGCACCUAUAAGACUAAUAGGUAUCGUUUCCCACUAUUGCAAAUUGUGGGGGUGACAUAUACUAAUAUGACAUUCUCUGCUGCAUAUAUGUAUAUGAAUGCUGAGAAGGAAGACAAUUACACAUGGGCAUUGACUGCGUUGAGGAGUUUGUUGGAUGAUAAUUGUCUUCCUGGUGUUAUUGUCACCGAUCAAGAGUUAGCACUCAUGAAUUCUAUUACGUCUAUAUUUCCGAAAGCACGACAUUUAUUAUGUAGAUGGCAUAUUAACAAAGGAGUGUUGGCAAACUGCAAGAAGUUAUUUGGGACCCUCAAACAAUGGAAGCAAUUUAAUGAGGAUUGGAAUACUUUGGUUGGUUCAGAAACGGAGGAGGAAUAUUGGCGUUGUUUGCGACAGAUUGAGUCUAAGUUCAGUGAAUUUCAAAAAGCUCUUGAAUACAUACAUGAAAAUUGGUUAAAUCCAUUUAAAGAUAGGUUUGUGGCCGCAUGGACAGACACUUGUAUGCAUCUUGGAUCGACAACCUCAAAUAGGUUAGAGAUAGAUGGGGUGAAUACUUUGUCAUGUGGUUGUGCUAUUCGUCGAACCCACCAAUUACCAUGUGCACAUGAAAUUGCGAAGUAUAGAGAGCAUGGUGUACCAAUACCACUUGAUGUCGUGCAUUCACAUUGGAGGAAAUUAGAUAUCAUCAAUAUAGGAAACAGUAGUCAUGGCACAACUUCACCAGGAAGGUCACAACUACAAAGAUUCAAUAUGUGGUAUGAACAACAAGAUGGUGAGAAGAAGAGACAAGUCCACAUGACACUGGAGGAGCUAAUGAACCAUGGUUCUACUGCGCUUACUGAACCAAAAGAGAAGUUGAAGACCAAAGGGAGACCGCGAAAAGUUGACACUUCUUCUCGUCGUUUGCCAUCUGCAUUUGAGAUUGCUGAGGCCUCCAUUGCUCUACCUAAAAAUAAACCAAAGCAAACCUCGCGAAAACCAAUCAGCGUUCGAUACAUAUAUGCAUAUAGAGAAAUUCCUUGA